AUGAAAAAUUUGUUUAAGGUAAUGUACGGGCUCUCAUCAUUGAGAAAACCAAAUCAAAGAAGUAUCUCCAAAAAUUAUAGCAUCUUGUAUGGAGUCGGCGUUUCUUUCGUUCAUCUCUCAAAAAAUCACCUUGAUUUUUCUUCAAAUUCACAAAGCGGUAUUGGAGAUGCCAUCCAACGUUCCUUCCAAUCAAGAACAUUCUCUCAGGGAAGGCUGAUUCAAAAAAGUUUUAAUGAAAACCCUCAACAACCAAUCUCCAAGGAAACCAAUUCUCCUGAUCAGAAACAAGGGUCCAAAGUGGAACUCUCAUUGCUAAAUAUUAAGGAAUGGACACCUCAACAAGUUGCGUCUUUGCUUUGUAUGGAAAAGUCUGAAGGAGGAGCUUCUUUAGAUGUUGAGAAGGUCAAACCUCUCUAUAACGCUGGUUUCGAUGGAAACUCUCUUUAUGAUCUUUGUCAAGACAUUAAGAUACAGAAUGUGGACUUUGUGCUAGCCACCAUGUCUCAAAGUAAUGAUUAUUCUCAGGUUUCUGAAAGUACACGCAAUACAGUGGUAUAUUGGGUGAAGGAUUUCUUGAUGACUAAACGUCUCACUUUAUGGACCAAGGAUCAAGUAAAGUCCGCACUGGGUCAACCUAAAUCAGAGAGGGGUGCUGGACUAACAACGGAAAAAGUUCAAGCUUUCUACAAUAUAGAAUUUAAUGGAUUUGAUCUUUCAGGCAUUGUCCGCUAUGUAGUGAAGCGUACACAAUCAGGUCAUAGUGUAUCUGCUUCUGAUAUCGGGAAUGAACAUGGUGUAAUUGGUUUUGACACGUGGCAGGAAGUGCUUAUUUGGAUAAAUGAUCAGUUAAUCCCAAAAAGCAAGUUACAAGUUUCACUCACCAACAUAUUUUAA